AUGCAAUCCAAGAUCACUCUUCUCGGCUUGGCCGUUCACGCUAGCCUCGCGUUCUCAAUCCCUCGUCCUUACACUUGUCCAUCGAUUUCUGGCAAUAAGACGAUUGAUGCGUACCAGUUGUACCCAGAGAAUGUUGACUUCGAUACGCGCCGUUGUCUUGUGUACUCCAGCGUCUUGUACAAUGCAACUGCUGUCGCCUGGGACCCCUACCGUGGAAAGAUAGUGCAUACCUUCGAGGCUCCCGGGCUCAGCGGUGACCCUCUCCUCCAUUCAAGCGGUGUGCGUGUCGACACUCUGGACCGACUCUCUGUUGUCAUCGACGCGGGCGCUGCCUUUGAUACCGGUGGCCAGAAUAUCCAGGGCGACAACUUGCUUGUUAAGUUCGACCUUGUAGACAAUUCUUUACUGUGGCGAGCGAACCUGACCAAGGCAACCAAUGGUGUAUACGGCGGUUUCCAAGACAGCGAAAGCGAUGAUGAAGGCAACACUUUCGUUCUCGGAACCUUUCCGAGCAGUCUCAUCAAAGUCAGCGCAGAUGGAAAGUCGGUUGUCCCAUGGUAUCUCGUCGAGCCAGCCAACCAUACCAUUCACGGCUUCUCGGGAAUUUCCCGCAAAGGCGAUACCCUCUUCGUGACCGAUAACACGGAUGGUCAGCUUUACACAUUCGAUAUCAAGGCAGCGAAGGGCAAGCCGGUUCGUGUUCCGACAUCAAAGAAUGGCAAAGCCUUGGGUCAGAAUCUCGAUGGCUUGCAUUUGCCCUCACUCUACGCCGGUACUGUUCUUCUGGUCAGUGACAAUACCAACGGCACUGUUGUUUUGCGAUCCAGCAAUGGAAAGUGGAAGUCUACGGAGAAUCUCGGAACUAUCUCCAAUCCUUACCUCAGCCAGGGCGGGUUCACUGUUGCAUCUGUGCAGAUCUCUGAUAGUAUUUAUGCUGUCACAGAGUUCUUUGGCGAUGCUAUUAAUGGAACCUUGCCUGGCAACAGGACAUCUUUCCCCUUACGAGAUAUUACAGAAGAGGUAGAGACUCUACUCAGAGCUUAG